AUGGAGAGAGAUGUAACUCUUUGCGGUUCAUGCAAUAAGAACCGACUAUCCAGCGGCGUCCAAAACUGGGUGCAGUGCGACGUAUGCAAGGCAUGGUACCACUUCGCCUGCGUUGGAGUCGAUGCCUCUAUUGCACAGUCACAAUGGACGUGCGACUUGUGCAAACUUGUCGACGAUACCCCUUCCACCUCACAGCAAGCCGCUUUACAACGCAACGAACUGACAAAUACCUUGCCGAAAGAUGGCGACAUAAUACAAACCGAAUCCAAUCCCAAUAAGCCAGCUGAGACAUCAUAUAUUCCAUGCUCAAAAAACUUGAUGAUAGAGAUGCUAGAAGAGACACGCCAAGUGGAAAAGAAAUAUAUCGAGCAGAAAUAUGCAAUACUUGCACAGCAGCAGGGGACACAGGAAAGACACAUCCUAUCAUUUGGACCAACUGCAUCCCAACUAGCAGCAAGGCAAAUAUUACCAGCGGAUCUGCCGACUUUUAAUGGCAACCCAGCAGACUGGCCAAUUUUCAUAAGCAUGUACGAGAACAGCUGCUCGGUAGCUGGAUUUUCAGACGCUGAAAACAUGCUUCGUCUCCAGAAGUGUCUCAAAGGGAAAGCCUACGAAUUGGUUCGUGAUAAGCUGCUACUGCCGGCACUCGUCCCGGAGGUUAUCAAGACGCUAAAAACCUUCUUUGGGCGACCGGAACAGAUCCUCGACCGGCUCAUCGACAAAAUCCGUAAAAUUAGUAUACACAAAGAUAGAUUGGAGUCCCUAAUCGACUUUGCGAUGGCAGUGCGCAACGCGUGCGCCACAAUGGAGGCCUGUAACCUGUACGCACAUCUUGACAACCCAAUGCUUCUGCGCGAGCUUGUUGACAAGUUGCCCACUCAGCAUAAAUUAAGCUGGGCCAUGCAUCCACGCAGUGCUUCUAUCCCUGUCGUAAAAUCAUUUAGCGACUGGAUAUACAAUUUAGCAGAAGCAGCCUCCACAGUCAUACCUGCACAAAAUUCAUGGAGCGUGAAUACCCACACGCACUUAUCAACCGGAGGAAUGUGUGAGUCCGAAGACGAUCAGAAGAAGGACGACGCCAAACCGAACCCUUCAUGCGUCAUGUGCAACUCCACCGAACAUUACGCCGCCCAAUGCGAGAAAUUUAAAAGUUUGCCUGUUCCGGAGCGACAUCAUAUAAUCAACGACGCCAAGGCCUGCUACAGAUGCCUAAAGAUGCACCGUCGCAAAUGUUUCUCAAAACGCGAUUGCGGCGUUGAUAACUGUCAAUCAAAACACCACCCUCUCCUUCACAGGGAAGCUCCUAAACCCGAACUCGUCAGUACCCACCAUCAAGAAACUGGCCUCGAUGAAUCAUACUUUCGAAUCCUGCCGGUAACACUAUAUGGGAGCGGAGCAAAGGUCGACACGUAUGCGUUUUUGGACGAGGGCUCAUCUGUAACACUUAUCGAUGAAGGAAUUCUGAAGCUCCUCAAGGUUCCUGUGUCCUCUGAACCACUUUGUCUGCAGUGGACCGGAGACACCACCCGUACGGAGGAAAUGUCUCUCAAAGCCCAGGUAAAAAUAUCGGAGAUGGGGAGUGGAAGAAAACUGUGGCUCAACAACGUGCAUUCAAUCAAACACCUUGCCCUACCUAAGCAAACCGUUGACGCACAUAAACUUGGCAGCAAAUACAAGCACCUACAUGGAUUGCCCAUAAAAUCAUAUUGGAAUGCUGCACCGAUGCUUCUAAUUGGCGCAAACAACUGGACCUUUGCUGUUCCCCGCAAAAUUCGUGAAGGAAGACGCAAUGAGCCUAUCGCCUCAAAAUGUAUGCUAGGAUGGAGUAUUCAGGGCACAAGUAAUGCCACCCAAAAUUAUUCCCUUCAUCACUGCGUUUGCAACUGGGACGACAUCGACAAGACGGUAAGAGAAAGCUUCAACACAGACCCUAUCACACCGCGGGAGCUUUUCUCUAAAGACGACAAAAAGGCUACGGAAAUUCUGGAGGAGACAUGCAAGAAAGUAAAUGGUCGCUAUCAAGUUGGACUGCUCUGGCGAGACAAAAAUGUAAUUCUCCCAGAAAGCUAUUCAAACGCACUUAAACGACUCGAAUGUCUUCGACAAAAAAUUAACAAGAAUCCAGAGCUAUUCAAUCAAAUUCAAGGCCAAAUUGACAACCUAGUCGACAAAAACUACGCAUUCGAACUGGAAACCAAAGAUAUAGCAGAGGACAUAAACCGUGUGUGGUACCUCCCUAUAUUCAUCGCUCUAAACCCAAACAAGCCAAAUAAAAUAAGAUUGGUUUGGGAUGCAGCUGCAAAGAGUCACGGCAAAUCCCUUAAUGACUUUAUGCUGAACGGACCCGAUUUCUUAAACCCGCUAACCGAGGUUCUUAUGGCAUUCAGAGUAGGUCGUAUAGGCGUGUGCGCGGAUAUCGCUGAGAUGUUUCAUCAAAUAACUAUCCAGCAAAGCGACAUGCAUGCUCAAAGAUUUCUGUGGCUUAGCAAGGGCAACAAAACUCCCCGCACAUUCGUCAUGCGGGCAAUGACAUUUGGAAUUUGCUGCGCGCCCUGUAUUGCUCACUAUGUGCGGGACAAAAACGCACAGGAGUUUAAGGAUCAAUGUCCCCGAGCUUUCGAAUCAAUUACAAAGGCUCAUUAUGUGGACGACCUUAUAGACAGCUACACCGACGACUCUGAGGCGAUCGAAGUAACAUCAAAAGUCCGAGACAUUCAUGCUGAGGGAGGAUUCACUAUAAGAAAUUGGAUCUCGAACUCUACCGCUAUCCUCAAACAUUUUGGAGAGUGGCAAAUAGCCGAACAACAUCCCAAAGAACUUGGUGGCCCGGAGAAGGUUCUUGGUAUGUAUUGGGAACCCUCAAACGACGUUUUUAAGUAUACUUUUAGAUUUGCGAGACUUAAAAGAGACGUCCUAAAUGGAGAAUCCAUACCAACAAAACGAGAAGCCCUACAAGUAUUAAUGUCGAUUUUUGAUCCCUUGGGCCUGUUAUCCUGCUACACGAUCGGCCUUAAAAUGCUUCUGCAAAAAGUAUGGCGUGCAGGCAUAGACUGGGACGAAGAACUGCCCGAUGCCCUGUUCACGUCAUGGCAACAAUGGAAAACGGUCCUGCUUCAAGCUACCGAACUGGAAUUUCCUCGCUUCUACUCCACUUUGCUGCCGAAUGCCGACCAGAUUGAUCUACACACGUUUGUAGACGCAAGCGAGUACGCCUACGCAGCAGUCACAUAUCUUCGUAUCAAGCGAGGAGCAGACGUCGACACAGUACUGGUAGCAGCCAAAUGUAAGGUCGCCCCACUAAAACCAGUCUCAAUACCACGCAUGGAACUACUGCCGCUGUAA